AUGAGCAGCCAGGAGUCGCUUUGGAAUUUUAGUGUCACUUGUGGAGAAACUGAAGUGGGGAAGUCCUCUAGAAAUGAAAAUAGCUUUGAUUUACAUGAGUCCUAUGACAGUAUCACUCAGCUAAGUUCUUGGCUUCAAACUUCUCGUUCAAUCGAAACUGUGUCAUCAGAAAUGGAUAGUUUCCCUGAUAUUUUUGAGGCCUUCAUGAAUGCUUCAGGUUCUGGAACAUCUACCGGCAGUGUUGGCAUAGGGGUUAAGCUGGAGACUUCCUGUGAACCUGAUAAGGCAAAAACAAGUGAGACUAGUUCAAGGAAACCUGAAGAUAUGGUUCUUCAGAAGUGUCUGCACAGUGAUGUAAUAGACGCAUCAGAAGAGCGGAAGAAAGAGCAAAAUAAUCGGCCAAAACGAACCCGGUCAGCUGAAGUUCAUAAUAUGUCUGAGAGGAGGAGAAGGGACAGGAUAAACAAAAGCCUGAGAACUUUGCAGGAAUUAGUACCCAAUUGUAACAAGUCAGAUAGAGCUUCUGUGUUGGAUGAUGCAGUGAAUUAUCUUAAAGCCUUGAAGUCUCAAAUUAUGUCGGCUGCAAGAGGAGCUAUAUUACAAGCCUCAUUCAUGUCACCAAGUGGGGUUCAAAGUGCACAAGUUUCACAACUUUCCCAAUUUUUGCCCAUGAGGCAAGAACUAAGAAUGGCUAAUGGGUUCGGAAUGGGAGUGGCAGCUGGCAUGUGUUAUUCUCCAGGUGUUUCUAUGGUAUCAGUUCCCUCGGCUGGCCUUCAUCCUUCAUUACCAGCAGCAGCUGUAGGCUUCCCUCUGGUGUCUCCGCCCGGAAAUCUUAUGCUUCCUCAAGUUCAAGUGCCGCUUAUUCAUUCAGAAACGUUGCCUCCGUCUGUCGAAACAUCGCCCAGGCAGCCGAAUCCUUUUACAGGGUUUUCUUCUCCAUUCAACUUCUCAAGCCAAAGAGAGUAUAGUUCUCAGGAAACUCUGCCAUCUGUUUCAAGUUCUAAGAUGCCAUUGAGUCAGAAGACAACUCCUUCCAUGACUGAGAAUAUAGUCUCUAAAGCUUCUUAA